AUGGAGACGACCGCAAGCAUCAUAGCAGUCGCCCAGCUAUGCGAAAAGGUCAUCAAAUACAUCAUCGCCGUAUCCGGGGCCAAGCACGAGAAACAGCGUCUCCGCUCGCAGGUUCGAAGCUGCCAUAAUCUGCUCCUGCAGUUGCAAGAUGAAGCAGAGGAUUCUGAAGAGGCCGAAGAAUGGUCCAAAACCUUGAAGCUGCUCUCUACUCCGCUUGCGCGCCUUCACGAAGCGCUCAGCCUGGCGGCCGCUGCGUUGUCCGCCCGAGACGGCAUCGUCGAAAAGUUGCGAUGGCCGUUCAAAGAGAAUGACGUGGAGAAGCUGAUUGAGGCGAUCAAGUGUGAGAUGGACAUGGUGACUUUCGCUCUCCAUAACAAUGCGACAUCACUACUCAUCGCAAUCAACGCUGGCUCCAAGCGCAAUGAACAGCUUCUCAUCGAAGUGAAAGCCGCUUUGGAAAUACGUAACCAGAAAACAAAUCUCACACUGCGAAACAUCAAUGGCGAGCUGGAAUCAAUCCAAACGACCCAGAAUGACGUUCGAGGAAGAGUUGAGGAACUGCAUGGGCGUCAGGAUACGGAGGAGGCUAUGAGAAAACGCCAGCGCAUUCUUGAUUGGCUCACACCCAUCGACCACGCUUCAGAGCAGCGGGACGCCAUCAGUCGGCGACAAAAAGGUACAGGUGAAUGGCUGCUACGCUCACAGGAUUAUCAAGACUGGAUCAGUACCGACAGCCGCACCUUGUUCUGCCCUGGUAUACCAGGUGCUGGCAAGACGGUCUUCGCCUCAAUCAUCAACGCUGAUCUAUGGGAGCGUUAUCAUCAUGACCCUACAAUUGGCUUGGCACACCUUUUCUGCAACUACCGGCGUCAUAACGAGCAGACACUAGAAGCCCUACUCUCAGGAGUUCUCAAACAGCUUGUCGAACAGCACGUUUUCUUACCACAAUGCGUCGAAGACGUUUACGACAAACAACAAGAGAGAGGGGCUCCAGAUCGAACAGAGGCCAUCAUGGGUGCGCUAAAGUCACUGAUGUCAACAUACUCAAGAGUAUUCAUCGUAAUAGAUGCUCUCGACGAAUGCUCUACGUCUCAUGGCUGCCGCACACGGCUGCUGUCAAGUGUUCAGAGCUUACAAAAGCAGUGUCACAUCAACUUACUUGCUACGUCACGAUUCAUACCAGAAAUCACCGAGAAGUUCAAAACAGCCUGUCAGCUGGAAAUUCAAGCAGACAGCAACGACGUGCGAAGAUACCUCUCUGACAAUAUAACUCGCCUACCAGGUUUUGUGCAAGAUAACAUCGGCUUGCGGGAGGAAGUCGUGUCCAAGAUCGUUGAGGCAGUGCGCGGAAUGUUUCUCUUAGCCAAGCUGCACCUUGAUUCUCUGAUCGGGAAAAGAUCCGCGAAAAAAGUGAAAGUCGCCUUGAACGAACUUGCUACCGGAUCCGAUGCUUACGAUUCGGCAUAUGAUGCUGCCAUGAGGAGGAUUGAGAGCCAAGUCGCUGACCAAGUCGAGCUGGCUAAGCAAGCAUUGACAUUUCUUACCUGCGCCCGAAGACCGCUCUCUACAGAAGAGCUAAGAGAAGCCCUGGGUGUGGAGGUCGGUUGCCCGGAGUUUGAUCCAGACAACUACCCUGAUAUUGUGGACAUUCUAUCUUCGUGUCUCGGCCUGAUUGCCGUGGAUGAGGACAGUGGCAUCAUUCGACUCGUUCACUACACGACACAAGAGUAUCUUGAGCGCACCCUCGAUCGAUGGUCUCCGGAUGCACAGUCUACGAUAACAAGUGUCUGUGUCUCUUACUUAUCUUUAGAUAGAUAUGCCGACCCCGACAACUUGGAUCCCUCAAGAGACAGCGAUUGGUACGUCUACUGUGCGAGUAAUUGGACGCAUCAUGCUCGCCUGGCCCCAUCGUGCCUUGCCCUCGUCGUCAAAUUCCUCCUGCGACAGGUCAACGUCAUCAAAAGCCGCUUGCAUGCGCGGGUACAUGACACACCCACGGACUGUUAUGAAGAAUUGUGUGAAAUGACGCCUCUGCGAUGGACUACUGGGCUUCACGUAGCGAUCGCGUCAAGACUAGAAGCCGCUACUGUUGCGCUGCUCAAGCAAGGACCGGAUCUUCACGCGCGAAACCGGACAGGCCAUACUCCGCUUAUGAUGGCUGUCUAUUACAGCCACGAAGUUAUUCCUGAGAUAUUGCUCAGAGAUGACUCUUGUAUCGAUGCAACUUCAGACGGUUUGAGCCAGACAGCCUUGCACCUGGCCUCGAUAUGCGGAGAAGACAAUGUCGUCAAAAUGCUUAUUGAACAUGGAGCCACUAUAGACCCAAGGGACGCUGGAUACGCGACACCCCUGCAUCUUGGCAUCUUACAAGGCCAUAUCAAGGUUGUAAAGACCUUGCUCGACGCCAAAGCGGACAUAAAAACGAGUCUCUGGUCGUCGAUUCUCAAAGGCAUGCGAUCGGCCUGGGACAUUGGUCUACGAAGAACAAACCUCUUCACAGCAGUCUUGAACUUCUGUCCCGAUAUGGUCAAACUUCUUCUUGAGUAUGGCGUGGACGUCAAUGAACGCGAGGAACGAUCUCUUGCAACGGCACUCUUCUACGCUGUACAGGUGAAUGCAACUUUGAGGUUCGACGCAGUAGAGGUACAAAAAACCAUGGAAGUUAUCCAAAUCUUACUCGAAGCCGGCGCUGAUCCCAACAUCCCUACCUGCGACGGAUUUACACCACUCGAUAACGCAAUCUCGCGCGAUUACGAAGACGCGGGCAUGGCCAUUGUCAAAAUACUGCUUGACGCCGGGGCGAACUGCAAUCACCAAAACGAAAACGGAUAUACCGCGUACCAAGAAGCUUUGUUGUGGGAGAAGGACAAAAUCGCGCAGUAUCUACUUGAGCGCGGGGCUGAUCCCCAGCUAGGCUUGCUGUAUCGUCCUGAUUCUCCAUUGCAAUCAAAAAAUUCGCUUUUGGAGAAGAGAACGCUACGCCGAUAUUGGGAGGGAAAUGGUGUUGAGGUGUGA